AUGAUCUACGACUGCCUCAUCAUUGGGGGCGGACCGGCAGGCCUAGCCGUAGCCCUGAACUUGGCUCGACUACUGCAUACGGCAGCUGUCUUUGAUUCGCAGGUUUACCGCAAUGACGGAGCGGCACUAAUCCACAACGUGCUUGGGUUCGACCACUUAGAUGCCAGGGCAUUCCGGUCCAAAGCCAAGAGCGACAUUGCGAAAUACAACACGAUCGACUUCAAAGACGUCUGUAUCACUACAGCUCGAAAGCUGAAGUCAGGGCUGUUCGAAGUGAAAGAUGACCGGGGUCAAGUUUAUACUGGCAGAAAACUGGUCCUCUGCAUUGGAGUUCGCGAUGUCAUGUUUGACAUUCCUGGCUUUGACGAAUGCUGGGCGAAAGGAAUUUAUAAUUGUCUUUUCUGCCAUGCUUUCGAGUCUCGAGGAGCUGCCUCGGUGGGAGUCAUUGCUAUGGGGCCUUGCACAGAUCCUGCGAUGGCGUUACAUGUUGGGCGCAUGGCUCUGCAAUUUGGAAAGAAGCUCACCCUGUACACAAACGGGCGCGAUGACAUCGCCCAGGAUAUUCUUGCCCAUGUGGCCUCUGACAAGGAUAUAGAGGUCGACUUGCGACAGAUUAGCCAGCUGCGCAUGACAUCUGCCGACAAGUCUGCUGUCACGGUCACGUUUUCCGAUGAUACCGAGAGAACAGAGGGCUUUUUUGUCAGCUCGAACACGGUUGAGAUCAAUGGAUGCUUCGUCCAGCAGCUGGGCCUGGAGCUUUGCCCCUCGGGGGAGAUAAGGACCCGUCCGCCGCUCCUUGAGACCAGCGUUCCUGGUGUGUUUGCCGCCGGGGAUUGCGCAACGACUCUUCGGGCUAUACCUCAAGCUGCAGCACACGGGGCCCUCGUUGCCGUAGCCAUUGCGCAUCAACUUCAGGCUGAGAAAAGAGCCCGAAGUAACGGAGAAGAAAUUUGA